AUGGCCAUAGCUGAGUUAGAAGUGGAAUCAGGAGUGCGAAAUGUCAACGAACUAAUCGCUCAGAAGCUUGAUGGAAGAACAGUAAAGGCCAUUAAGAAGCGACGGCAGACGAUGGAGUACAAGUUGAUCCUGGAGGAGAGGAGCAUCUCGCUGGGCACGGGACUGCUUGGGACGCUAGAGGAGGAGGUAAAUAGCGGGGAUGAAGCGCUUAUGAAGGCAGUCACAGGACCACCUGUAAGGGGCGAGAUUACGUUGUCGGAAUAUCUUCAGGCCUUCCUAUUUUUGAUACCUAGGUCAAUAAAAUCCGUUCGGCCUGUCCAUGAGAAGCCAAAGAUGAAGGUGGAGCAGUACCGACUCUUGGCGAACUCCAAGCUGAUCAAGCACCAGUGGAACGUGAAACAGCGGAGACUGAAGAUUGCAUCAAAGCACAAACCAUUCAAAAUCAAUCUCAUCGACUAUGAUUGGCUUUCUCGCGGCUGA